AUGGCACCUGUCGAACUGCACGUUGAUGCCUUGUCCAAGGUCGACGUGUUCGUGCACCCCUCGGCGUACCCGCCCUCGACGCAGGUCGGUGAUCUGCUGACGAUCCGACCGCUUACCACCCCUUCGCGCAAGAACAAGGGCAAGGAUCGGGCAUUACUGUUCAAGGUCGAUCGUUUGUCGGAUAGUGCUGCAUCCUCGUCGGUGGGAGCAGCCACGAACAUUGGGGCCAAUGCCAAUACUUCCGCAGCACAGGGGCAGGGCUCGGCGCAGCAUUCCACAGCCGCCGCUACAGCCACCGCUACAGCCGCUGCAGCGAGUCAAGCCGACAGAGAAAGGAGAAGACCGCCCAAGGCUCAAGUGCUCGUCUCACAGAGCGUGCAGCAGACAUUCAAGUGGAUCAAACCGCGCACCGAAGUUGUCGUCGAGGUGCUCAGUCGAGCCGAUCGCAACCAUCAGGUCAGUCCCCGCCGCGCAGCACUGAGUCCACAGGAAAACAUCGUGCAUGCAUAAUGAUAUUCUAGUAUAUUCUGCUUACUAUUCGACCGGCAACGCUGACCAUGAUGUGCGCUACUUGCUCGGAAUACGCUUUAGCUUACCCCACCCCCACCUGACGAACUGGUCGCCUCGCACGUCGAGCUCUACUUCAACAACCUCUACCUCUCGCGACCGGACAUGUUUCGUCUCACGCUCAGUUUGGCUCGCACCUGCCUAUUUGUCAACCAACGCGUCACCUCCGAGGUACUGAUUGGCGCUCGUCUCAGGGUCGGCGCCAUCUUCAACCUGAACAACCAUCACCUCCGCUCGGCCUACAUCACCGACGAGACAAAGAUCAUAUUUCGUUCAGAGUCGGCGCGUUGCUUCAUCUUUGUCGAGAUCAGUCAAGAGAUGUGGCACUUUGAAGAGGACGGAUCGAUGCUGCGCGAAAGGUGCGAAGUCUUUCUCGACGAAAUGUUCCAGCACUGGUCGGGCAAGCAGAGAAAAGGCAUGGGAGGCGCCAAGAAUAGGGGCUACUCGACGAGCCAUACCGUUUCCAUCAUUCUGUAUGGCCGCGUAAUCUAUGAGGACAACGGAGAAGGUGAAGAGGCGAGGGCGCCAAUGAAGAGGCACGAGAAUGGGACCCUCUAUCGCGACUUUUUCAAGGUCAAUCACAUGUGUCAUCUGCUGCUGCCCACGGGCCCCAUGACUCACGCGCCCUAUCUUGUUUGCUUCAGGUCAUCAUGGAUCUCACGCCCUCCCCUCAUCCGUCCAUUGUUCGCACGGUGGCGCAAGAGAUCCAAAGGUGGCACGAGUCCGUCCUGCUGCGCACGCGAGCCACGGGCGAGCAGAAACUGGCGGGCCGGAUCGCCUACGCCCACGAGUCGCCGGUGCUGGAAGCAACGAACCUCGCUCUCAACUCGUUUGAAGAGCAUUGGAUUGAUCGAGAUUUACAACGCACCGGCUUGGAAGUGCUCGUCCUCACCGCCGGCACGUCGUACUACGAAGUUCCCAAGCGCCUGUUGCGACUGACAACGGAACGCAUGCUCUACCAUGGAAUCGGUUUGGACCUCAUCUCGCUCAGCAAGACCCCGUUGCAUACGGUGCCGCUGUUCGCCUUCCAGAGUCACGAGCCUGGCUUGUCCGACGAGCCUCAUAUCGCUUUUAAUGGCUUCAAAGACAAACGGCGCGCUGGCACGGACAUCCAGCCCACGAACGUUGGUCUCCCUUCAUCGCAUGGUACGACUCAUUCGGCAACUUCGCGACCCUACACGGCCGCUACGGCCGAGCACUCUGGUUCGUCGCACAACAUGCCGCAGAACCCGUUCGGCCGCGACCCCACCCGCAUCGCCUUGCCAAAUGAUCAGAAGGAUCCUCUGUACUACGACUCUUCGCGACCUUUGCAAGAGAUGUCGAUCUACUACGCCGAGCCCAUGUUCAUUUUUUGCUCCUUUUUUGGUCUGCAAGUCGACAAGCCGCAUCGCAUCGAUCGGUUUAUGCCCCGCGCGAGGUGCUACGAGUUAUUCUCUCAGGGCAUAGGGGAGAGGACGCCGAUCGCGAUCCCAUUGCUGUUACCAAUCAAUGCCGCGAUGGACGCCGAGGAUGGGGGAACUGGUGCGAAUGGUGAAACCGUUGGCUACCUGAGUGAAUGGGAGAAGCGUCAGGCCAAAAGGGAGAUGCAUGAUGCGCUGGCCGUCGGUGCUCGGGAUGGGUUGGAAGGUCUUUCGACCUGGUCCAAAGAGAGUGGAGCCAUGAGCACGACGACUGGAAGUUCGGUCGAGUUGGCGAACAAUGCCGGUGGGAGGUGGGACAAGACGAUCGGCGCGAAGAUCAAGGGAGCUCAUAGCAACAGCGAUGCAACGACCGAAAGUGGGAGCGAUGGAAGUGGGAGGGGCGGAAGGAGUUUGUCGGCGCAGAGCUCGAGGGAAAUGGAUGAGAGAACCGCUGAGACAGCCAAGGUGCGCGAGAGGGAAAUGAAGCGCGUGACGCUGGAGCGGGAGCGGGAACAGGAGAUCGUAAUCGAGAAGGAGCGAGGGCGACAACAACGCAUCUCCGAAGCGGAACGAGUGGCUACAAGCUCGAGGUCCAAGACGCCGAUGCCAGGUCGACCGCGUUCGGCAUCGGUCGCCACGUCGGUUCGGACUGUUUCGUCGGCCCAAACCAAGACGGAUCGUAACAAGUUGGCGACCCCGGCUUUGAUCGCUCGAUUGACCAACACAAUCGCGGCCCCAUCCGGCAGCGGGUCAUCUACGAAUCAAUCGUUCCAUUCGUCUCGACCGGGCUGGCUUGGACUCUUCCGUGGACCGGCCUCGACGAGCAACGCAACGCCAGCCCCCUCGGUUGCGGUGCAAAGGGUUGAAGCUCAAGCCAAUGUGACACCCCAGUUCGACCUCGACACGGACAUGUCUGUCACCUCCGGGAGAUCUGAUCACGGCACGACAUCCCCUCCUCCGUCGAACCGAACUUCGUUGCUGACUUCUCCCCAAAUCAGAGGGCCCACUCUCCCCAUCUCGAUCAAGACCUGGGCCAUCCAGCCCAAGGACGCCGAUCGACCCUCAAGGGGUUUGCGCAAUUCGCCUUCGCUCAAGCAUUUCACCACAACGGGGAUUAGCAAAGGCAAGAGCUCAGGCCACCGCUCAACUGCGUCUCGCUUUAACCCUUCCAAGCCGGGAAGGCGAAGCAACGGACUGGCUGAUCAGGCUCGACGAUGGGCUUCGAUCUUCGUCCGGCACGCCAAUGACCAACGCUCGGUCAACUGGGUGUCCAUCACUCGCGGGGCUUGCCUGCCUUUGACGACCGACUUUUUGCCAACCGCCGAUGCGCUGUCGACAGAAUACUCGGACUUCGGUUAUGCUGUGCCGACAUCGUUGACAUCGAACUCGUUCCUUCUGUUGUCGGAACAGAGCAGGACGGGUCGCAACGUUGUGGCUGAACUUGUCUUGGAGAUGGUGUCGCAGCGGCUCUCGCACGGCUUCCAGCUCGUCACGCCCGCGAACCACAUCGGUGCGCUCGACGAGAUCAGUGUAGCGUCGUCCAAGACCUUGCCCGAUGUCCUGCACGAGGUCGAGAUCGGCGAUUCGACGGCAGUGUACCUCACCUUGGCGAACCAGAUUCAUCGCAUCUGGUACGACCGUCGAACCCAAGCCGUGCAGGUCAAGAUCAUGCGCCGCCGCCGGACUUGGUCGAAAGAGAGCUAUAACUUCUCAGGUCUCAUCUUCACCCAAGGCUCAAACGUAUAUCACUACACCGAGCUCGAGUUCCCGUAUCCCUCGAUGAUCGAGCCGGACGACUGGCAGCAUCUUGACCGGCUCGUCGCUGGCGCAGAGAGACCUGACCUCCGGCCUUCGCUGCGUUUUUGGCGGACUCGGCUGGUGUUGCUUCCAGCUGAAACAGUAACCGAGCGAGAGAGCAUCAUUCGAACGACGGAAGCACUGGAAGCGGACGCGUCGGAUGCGAUGAUCAAUGACCAGGGGUUCUACACGUUCAGAGAUCUCAUCGAGUCUGCGCGAUGGAUCCCACCUGGUGCAGAUCGGGAGCAAAUCCCGAUCUCCCAGUGAGUCAGAACAUACGCUGUAGAUCUCGGGGUAUAUGCUUGAACUAACGUCGCCCUUUAUUUUGCAGCACCUCUCUCACUGCCCCCGAGUGGGCCUCGAUGAUGGCCAAGAAUGCGACGUCGGCUAAUCUGGAUCUUUUGGCGACCGCGGUGAAUCGUGCGGCUCAUUCAUCCCAGUCAGCGAACCCUCAUAUUCCUCGCUUGUCGAUGUGGCUGUCGCGCCUCACCAACACUUCGGAGACGCCGCCACCGGCUUCGCCUUUAUUCGAUCGUGAUAUGCAGUUGCCCUCACCGAUCUCCGCCCCAGAACACCUCGGCGACAUGGGCACCUCAGCGCCUUCGCCUACCCCCAAGAAACCGGUUGUACAAAUGUCGUACGCGGUCAUUGUCGAUCUCGACCACCUCGGCAAAAAGUCGUCCAGGGCCGAGCGCGUCAUCUGUCACCUCGAUCGCUCGCACAACCGCAAUGCAGCGUACCACCUCGAAUUGAACUGGCUCUCUGGGUCGGGCAAGAUCAUUGAUAGCGCAAUCCAGGCUUGGUCGAGGCAGGUGCAAAAGUUUGGCUUAAGGCUGAUCGAGGUCUCUACGCGAGCUGUCGAAGACCUGCACAACCCGUUUCAAUUGGCCACGAUCUUGCCCUUCAAGGUGCCUCCACCUCCAAUCGUAGACUUGACACUACCGCGAGAGUAAGCACUCUGACAUUCUGCGCACUUCUCGACAAGCUGCACCGUGGUUGCUGAACUAUCCCAUAUCGUUCAGGUACUACGAGGCUGGUCUUCUCCGUUCGCUCGGCUUCUUUCUCGACAUCGGCGCCGAUUCCAGCUUCCCCUCCGACGUCGACGUGCAGUAUUCCUACAAACGCAGUCCUUCCCCUCGUUCGCAAUACAUUCAUCGCUCAGGCACGGUCCUCGUCGCGAUCCUUGGCGAUCGACGUGGGCUCGCCAUCGUCGCGAACCGGAUCUACCUCAGCCAUAGACCGCAGGCGAAAGACCAGGAUCCGACGCGGGAGUUGGUCGAACUUUGUGGUGAUUUGCAGAAGUUGAGGGCGAUGUGGGAUCGAUUGGGCGUGGAAGCGGAUCGACUCAAAGAGAAGGCGGCAUCCGAAGCUACGACGGCGAGGGAGGUCUCGCAGGAGUAG